AUGGCCGAUUCUCUGACCGAAGAGCAAGUCUCCGAGUACAAGGAGGCCUUCUCCCUUUUUGACAAGGAUGGCGAUGGCCAGAUUACCACCAAGGAGCUGGGCACUGUCAUGCGCUCUCUGGGCCAGAACCCUUCCGAGUCUGAGCUGCAGGACAUGAUCAACGAGGUUGACGCCGACAACAACGGCACCAUUGACUUCCCCGAGUUCCUUACCAUGAUGGCUCGUAAGAUGAAGGACACCGACUCUGAGGAGGAGAUCCGCGAGGCAUUCAAGGUUUUCGACCGCGACAACAACGGCUUCAUCUCGGCUGCUGAGCUGCGCCACGUUAUGACCUCCAUCGGCGAGAAGCUGACCGAUGACGAGGUGGACGAGAUGAUCCGCGAGGCGGACCAGGAUGGCGAUGGCCGGAUCGACUACAACGAGUUCGUCCAGCUCAUGAUGCAAAAAUAA